AACCAUGACAUCCACUAUGCCUGAUAAAUCCAUAAUUUGUUAUACACCACUCAUGGUAACAACAAAUGGGUUGUGGAAGACCAAUAACCUUUUAGAUUUCUCUCUUCCUCUGUUUACCUUGCAAUUAACGUUAGUUGUAUCUGCAACACGUUUCUUUGUUUUAAUCCUCAAGCCCUUUCACCAACCUCGUGUAAUUGCUGAAAUCUUGGGUGGAUUGCUUCUGGGUCCAUCAGUGCUUGGAAGAAAUAAAAAUUUUGCCAAUAUUGUGUUCCCUAUGAAAAGUGUAAUGCUGGUGGAGACAAUGGCAAACAUGGGUCUGAUAUACUUUGUGUUCCUGAUUGGGUUAGAGAUGGACGUUUCGAUCAUCAAACGUGCUGGAAAGAAGACGGUGUUAAUUUCCCUUGCUGGUAUGGUGAUUCCCUUUAUGGUUGCUAUGUGUUUAUCCUCUUUAAUAGCUAACACAGACGAAAACAUAAAUCAAGCCAGCUGUAUCCUCUAUCUUGGUAUUGUUCUAUCUGUCACUGCAUUCCCGGUGCUUGCUCGAAUGCUUGUUGAGCUCAAACUUAUCAACACAGACUUAGGGAAGCUUGCUCUAUCAACUUCUCUCAUCAAUGAUGUGUGUGCAUGGAUGUUGUUGGCUCUAACUAUUGCUUUAUCAGAGGAAAUAAUUAGCGCUUGGGUAUCAUUGUGGGUUCUGCUAUCAAACCUUGUUUUUCUUUCUUUCUCCUUUCUUAUUGUUAGACCAACAAUGGCGUGGUUGAUCGAGAAAACUCCAGACGGAAAACCCUUCAGUGAGUUUCAAUUAUGCAUUGUGCUCACUGGUGUAUUGAUGUCGGCCUUCAUCACGGAUGCCCUUGGAACACAUUGUGUUUUUGGAGCUUUUGUGUAUGGCCUAGUCAUUCCAAAUGGGCCACUUGGAGCUGCAAUAAUAGAAAAGCUUGAAGACUUUGUUUCAGGACUUUUGCUUCCUCUCUUUUAUGCCAUUAGUGGGCUCAAGACAGAUAUCAGCUUAAUCAGCGGAGCUAAUACUUGGGCUUUUAUUCUCUCAGCGAUUUCUCUAACUUAUCUCGGCAAGAUUGCUGGAAUUCUCCUUGUUUCAAACAUGUUGCAGAUACCAAAUCGUGAUGGAGUUGUUCUUGGUUUACUUAUGAACGCUAAAGGCAUUAUUGAAAUUAUUGUGCUCAAUGUUGGGAGGGAACAAAAGGUCUUGGAUGAUAAAAUAUUUUCAGUUAUGAUCAUUGUAAUACUGAUAAUGACAGCAUUCAUUUCACCAAUUGUAAAAUUAAUUUAUAGGCCAAGAAAAACGCUUGUACCUUAUAAAAGGAGAACAAUACAAAGUUCAAGACUUGAUGGAGAGUUAAGAGUCCUUGUGGGCAUUCACACCCCUCGAAAUGUUCCCACACUAGUUAAUCUCCUUGAAGCAACUUAUCCCAAUAAAAGGUCUCCAAUGUGUGCUUAUGUGCUCCACUUGGUUGAACUCACUCGUAGAGCUUCUGCAAUGCUAAUUGUUCAUGCCAAUAGACAAUCAGGAGGUCCAGCCCUCAACAAAACACAAGCACAAACCGACCACAUCAUCACGGCAUUUCAUAACUUUGAGGAACAGGUCAAUUAUGCUCAAGUCCAACCCUUAACAGCCAUUUCCCCUUACUCCACCAUGCAUGAAGACAUAUGCAAUUUGGCUGAAGAAAAAAGGGUGUCCAUCAUCAUCAUUCCUUUCCAUAAGCAACAAACAGUAGACGGACAAAUGGAAGAUACAAUCCCAGCAUUAAGAAUGGUGAACCACAAUCUACUACAAAACUCACCAUGCUCAGUUGGUAUACUUGUGGAUAGGGGAUUUAAUGGAUCCAACCGCUUGAUUGGAAAUCAAGCAUGUCAUAAAGUGGCUGUGCUAUAUUUUGGAGGACCAGAUGACAGAGAGGCAUUAGCUUAUGGAUGGAGAAUGUCAAGACAUCCAAGGGUUCACCUUACUGUCAUGCACUUCAUUCCAACUGAGUAUUCAUAUCAAAGUUCAGAAACAGAUCGCUUAUGGGCAAAGAUUGAUCGAAGUUUCACCACUAUGAAAAAUGGAGGGGAAAACAAACUGGAUAAUGAGUAUAUAAGUGAGUUCAAGAAUAUGAUUGCACAUGAUGAUUCAGUCAUUUACAUAGAAAAGGUUGUGAACAAUGGGGAGGAAACAGUUGCAGCAAUAAGAUCAAUCAAUAACAUGAAUGACUUGUUCAUAGUUGGAAGAGGACAAGGGACAAUGUCACCACUAACAGAUGGCCUUACAGAUUGGAGUGAGUGUCCUGAGUUAGGAGCCAUUGGCGAUUUACUAGCAUCUUCAGACUUUGAAACAACGGCUUCGGUGUUGGUGUUGCAUCAAUAUGUAGGGCAAGGACCAGAUGGAGAGGACAAUUUUGUCGUUGAAAGACCAUGGGAAUCAGCUGAAUCCCGACAUAGCAUAAAUCAACAACAACAUAUGCAAAGAUAUGUAAUGCCAAUGGGAACAGGACACUCUUCUGUAAUGUUUACGAUAGCAUGAAUGAAGCCCAUACAAUUAGAAAUCAAAUACAAACAGUUUAUUCAUAUAU